AUGAGCAUCAUACUGGGCGGCCGUACAAACAGCGUAGUGCUGGCGUCCGACCUUGGGCGAAGGGACGACUUACUUCUUCUACCAGAGUACGCCUCCCGAAGUGGCUGGAUCUGGCGCGCGAAGAUUAAGGCUGUGUGCGACCGGCAUGACGUGCCGCUGAAGGCCGCCGCGCUGCAGUUUGGACUGGCUCACCCGGCGGUUGCGGCGACGAUACCGGGGGCGUGUCCGCGGAUUAGGUGGCAGGAGAACUUCGACAUGGUGAGCUAUGAGAUCCGGCGGACCUGUGGGCGAGUUAAAGCACGAAGGGUUAUUGCCGGAGAAUGCGCCUACGCCGUAAUUGCGGGGCAGGACGUCGCACGGGAGGGCAGCAUGAAGUCAUAUGCGAUGGCGCUAGACCUGCGGGAUGAUGCCGAGGUUAUCGAGCGGUAUAAGGAGUAUCACCGGGCGGUAUGGGAUGAGGUGCUUGAAGGGCUGCGUCGAUUGGUAAUCUCGAAGAUGAAGAUAUUCCUGCGGGGCAGCCGGCUGUUCAUGUACUUAGAGACACCGGAUGACUUCGAUUGGAGCGCGACUUUCAGCGCUACACAGAGGCUUCACCGCGCGCGGCGGAGUGGGACGCGCUGA